UGGCGGGCGGGGCGCGAUGGCGGCGCUGGGCCCGGUGUGGGGCCGCAGGUUUUCCCUGCUCCAGCGCGCCCUCCCCUGCCCCUUCCCGCUCCUUCCGAACUCCCCGGAGCUCCUCCCCGGCCACCCCCCCACCCUCUGCCGCCUGCCGGGGGCUCCCUGGAGGUUCCAGCAGCUCCGCGGCAAAGCCCGAGGGAACGAGUACCAGCCCAACAACAGGAAGCGCAAGAAGACGCACGGCUGGAUCCGGAGGAUCAGCACCCCCGGCGGCAUCGCCGUCAUCCUGCGCCGGAUGCUCAAGGGCAGGAAGUCGCUGAGCCACUGAGGGACGGCCCCGAACCCGCCGGGAGUUCGGGAUGGUCCGGCUGAGCCCAGGGCUUGGUGCCCGGGGGUUGUUCCUGGGCUUUGGCCAGGCCUUAAACUGUAAAUUUAAAUUGCUUCUUAAAGUGUACAUUUAAGUUGUUUCUCGAGUUGUAAA